GUCGGCUACACGGUUUAUAACAUUUGCGUUUCAAAUAUAUCAUCAAUUAUUAUUAAUUAAUAAUUUUUUGAUUUAAAUACAAAGUUAUACGAUUAGUAUUAUUCCAGAAGGGCUGAAAAAGGAGCAAAGAUAAAAAUGAGUCAGUUAAUGACAGCUAAGGAAAUACGUCAAUCUUACAUUGACUUUUUUAAAAGUAAAGGGCAUGAAUAUGUUCAUUCAAGUUCAACAAUACCUCACGAUGAUCCAACUUUACUUUUUACCAAUGCUGGAAUGAAUCAAUUCAAACCAAUAUUUCUUGGUACGGUGGAUCCUAAUAGUGAUAUGGCAAAAUGGGUGAGAGUUGUUAAUUCUCAAAAAUGUAUAAGAGCUGGAGGUAAACAUAAUGAUUUAGACGACGUUGGAAAAGAUGUUUAUCAUCAUACUUUCUUUGAAAUGAUGGGUAACUGGUCAUUUGGUGAUUAUUUUAAGAAAGAAAUUUGUUCAUGGGCUUGGGAGUAUUUAACAGUUAAUUUAAAAUUAUCAUCCGAUAGAUUAUACAUUACAUAUUUUGGAGGAGACGAAAAAUCUGGAUUAGAUCCUGAUAAUGAGUGCAAAGACAUAUGGCUUUCUCUUGGGGUACCAGCUUCACAUGUUUUACCAGGUAGUAUGAAGGAUAAUUUUUGGGAAAUGGGAGAAACUGGUCCUUGUGGACCAUGCAGUGAAAUACAUUAUGAUAGAAUUGGUAGUAGGGAAGCUGCUCAUUUAGUAAAUAUGGAUGAUCCAGAUGUUUUAGAAGUUUGGAAUCUUGUAUUUAUUCAAUAUAAUCGGGAAUCAGAUGGUAUUUUAAAACCUCUACCGAAAAAACAUAUUGAUUGUGGUUUAGGAUUAGAACGUUUAGUAUCAGUUAUUCAAAAUAAAAAAGCUAAUUAUGAUACUGACUUAUUUAUGCCUCUUUUUGAAACUAUUCAGAAAGGUACCGGAGUACCGCCUUAUCAAGGAAGAGUAGGAAAUGCUGAUAAAGAUGGAAUUGAUAUGGCAUAUAGAGUUUUGGCAGAUCAUGCAAGAACAAUAACUAUUGCUCUUGCGGAUGGAGGAAUGCCUGAUAAUACUGGAAGAGGUUAUGUUUUAAGAAGAAUUUUGCGACGUGCUGUACGUUAUGCCACUGAGAAAUUAAAUGCAAAACCUGGUUUCUUUGCAUCUUUGGUAAACGUUGUAGUAGAGUUACUUGGUGAUGUAUUCCCAGAAGUAAAAAAAGAUCCUCAAAGUAUAAUUGAUAUAAUUAAUGAAGAAGAAACUCAAUUUUUAAAAACCUUAUCACGUGGACGAAAUUUGUUAAAUCGAACUAUAUCAAAACUCGAAUCUUCUAAGGUUGUUCCAGGAAAUGUUGCAUGGCGUCUGUAUGACACAUAUGGUUUCCCGGUUGAUUUAACACAACUUAUGACUGAAGAGAAAGGUUUGAAAGUUGAUAUGGUUGCUUAUGAGGAAGCAAAAAAACAAGCGCAGCUUAUCUCUCAAAAUAAAGUUGGAGGGGUAGAUGAUCAAAUUAAUUUGGAUGUUCAUGCAAUCACAGAAUUGCAAAAUACAGGAGUACCAAUGACCAAUGAUUUACCAAAAUAUGAUUACAAUGUAAAAGGCAAAGAUCCGUAUGAAGAAUAUUCGUUUCAGACAUGCACUAGUACUGUCAUUGCUUUAAGACACGCGAAAACUUUCGUUGAAGAAGUACAUUCUGGGGAAGAAGUUGGAAUAUUGUUAGAUAAGACGAACUUUUAUGCGGAGCAGGGUGGACAAAUAUAUGACGAAGGAUUUCUAGUUAAAGUUGACGAUGAAGAAACUGAAAUACGGAUUACGAAUGUGCAGGUUAGAGGUGGUUAUGUAUUACAUAUUGGUACAGUUGGAGAAGGAGUGCUGAAGAAGGGUGAUAAGGUUCAUCUAAACGUUGACACUACUCGUAGACGUCUGAUAAUGAGUAAUCAUACAGCAACACAUGUUCUUAAUUAUGCACUUCGGCAAGUUUUGGGUUUAGAAGCCGAUCAAAAAGGAUCGUUAGUUGCACCUGACAAAUUACGUUUCGACUUUACUAAUAAAGGAGCUAUGACUACGGAUCAAGUGAAAAAAACAGAGGAAAUUACGAACGAUAUAGUAAAACAGAAAAAAAAUAUCUUUGCUAAAGAAAGUAAUCUGGCAUUAGCUAAAACUAUCAAAGGAUUACGUGCUAUGUUCGAAGAAACUUAUCCUGAUCCUGUUAGAAUAGUUAGUGUUGGUAUACCAAUAGAAGAUUUGGAAAAAGAUCCGUUGAAUAAUGCUGCGUUGAAGACCAGUGUAGAAUUUUGUGGUGGAACACAUUUACAUAAUACAGGACACAUUGGUGAUUUUGUCAUAAGCAAUGAAGAAGCUAUUGCUAAAGGUAUAAGACGUAUAAUUGCUUUAACUGGACCUGAAGCAAAAAAAGCAAUUAAGAAAGCAGCUCUGUUAGAAGAUAAAUUAAAUCAGUUGAAAAAUACUAUUGAAGAAGACACUGAUAAAAAUAGUACAUAUUCUAAAGAGUAUGUUAGACAGAUAGUAGAACUAAAUGAAGAUAUAUCUCAUGCUACGAUUCAUAGUUGGAAGAAGGAUAAUAUGCGUGUAAUGCUGAAAGAAUUAAAAAAAUCACUCGAUGAUAAAGAAAGAUUAGCUAAGGCUGCUGUUGCUAAUGCAGUAGUUGAGUCCGUUCAAGAGAUAAUUCAAUCAAAUAUUGGCUGUGCUGUAUUUGUAGAAGUAUUGAAAGCAUUUAGUAAUACAAAAGCUUUAGAUUCUGCAUUGAAAAAAAUUAAAAGUUUAUCUCCAAACACUAGUGCAUUAUUAAUAAGUGUUGAUGAAGAUGCCAAGAAAAUAUUUGUCCUUACUACUGUGCCUAAAUCCGCUAUAAGCAAAGGUUUGAAGGCUAAUGAAUGGGUUCAAGAGAUUGCUCCUCUUUUGGGAGGUAAAGGCGGUGGAAAAGCUGAAUCUGCUCAAGCUUCAGGCCCGAAUAUUUCUUCUCUUCAUAAAAUAAUACAAAAAGCAAAAGAAUUUGCUAAUUCAAAACUUGGAAUUGUAAAUGAGAAAUCAACUAUUCAAGAUCUUCCUUCUAAUUCAACUGCUAAUGUAAAAAAUACAAAUUCAGUGGAUGCAAAAAAAUUUCAAAAAUUGACAAUUUUCGGAAAUAAAAAUAGCAUUAAAAGCUACAAAGCUCAAAUAGUAGCACAAUACUGCAAUAAAAAUCUUCAAAUAAAAUAUGUGGAAGACGAUAAGAAUUCUAAAACAGAUAUGAUUUUAGAAAUUGGUGAUAUUCAAAUUAGUGAUAAUAGUGCCAUAGCUUAUUAUUUAUCAGAUCCUAAAUUAAAAUUAGAAGAUGAUUUAUUUGCUUUUUGUGAAAUACUACAAUGGAUUAGUUACACGAAUAAUCACCUUUUACCAGCAGUUACAGGUUGGAUUUUAUCGUCUUCUCAAAUAACAUUACCCAAAAAUAUUAAAUUUGAUUGGAAAACUUCGAAAGAAGACGCAUCGAAUUCAUUGAAGAAAUUAAAUAAUAUAUUACUUAAAAAGACGUAUUUCGUUAAUGAAAGAAUUUCUCUCGCGGAUGUUACAAUAUUCAGUGUAUUAUUACCACUUUACGAACACGUUUUAACUCCGGAAUUAAGAAAACAAUAUACGAAUUUAAAUAGAUGGUUUUCUACAAUACUCAAUCAACCAGAAGUGAAAGCUGUUGUGAAAGAUUUUCAUUUUUGUACCAAAACACAGAAGGCUGAAAAGUAAAAUAAAAGAGUGCUGGAACUAAUCUCAUUUUAUAAAAUAUUUGUACAACUAUGUAUUUUUAAACACAUAUAUUUAAAUUAUAUAAAACUUUCCUUUGUAUUCAUU